GCCUUCUUCUCUCCUGUGUCGGCGCCGCGUAGCUGUCCUCGACACUGGCGAUGCGCUGCCGGCUACUGCUCGCCGCUUUCGCGACGCUCUGGCUGGCCUCCCUGUUCAACCCUGAUGCGGCCAGUGCGGGUCACGUGUUCUCCUCCGUGGCGCACAUGAACGACCUGGCGUCCCUGGAGCGCAGACUCGUCUACAAGGUCGGCGACUUCCUGCACCGCAUGGAAACCAAGCUGGGAUACCUGCGCAGCUUUCUGAACGACUACUACGAGACGACGGCGUCCAAAGACCGACAGCUAACGCACUCCACAGCCGAGCAGGAGUACGAGAGCCGCACGGCCAGCCCGAUCGAUGCGUACAACACCAUCAAGCGCCUGUCCGUCGACUGGAACGAGAUCGUGCAUCAGUUCCGGGAACCCGACUGGAUUGAGAUCGAGAGGCUGAUGCUGGAGGCCAACGACACGUUUCCGCGCCAGAGCGACCUCCUGGACGCUGGCGAGGCCCUCAUACGAAUCCAGAAGACGUACCGUCUCAACCUCACCGACAUGGCCAGGGGCGUCAUCAUGGGCCACAAGUCAACCGCGCAACUGACUGCGCGAGACUGCCUUUACUUCGGCCAGCUGCUGUACAGCAAGUCUGACUUCGAGCACGCCACCAAGUGGUUCGAAGAGGCACUCACCCGGCUUAGUCUCGAGAAGCACCCGUCCAUCACACCGAGGACGGUGCACGCUUACCUCGCCAGCAGUCUCGAACAGCUGGAGGAACAGCAGCGGCUGCACGAAGAACAGCGAUACACCACGGAGGCUUACGCUGAAGUCAGCCCGAAGGUGCCCACCAUCACGAUGCCAUUCGUCGAAGGAUACCUGGAGACGUACAACAACCUCUGCCGCGGAGACAAAGUCCGAAACGCCACCGAAGAGAAGGACCUGCGCUGCUACCUGAGUGUUCCCCAUCCGUACUUCCGAAUCGGCCCGGUCAAGAUGGAGGUGAUGAGCCAAGACCCCUACAUCGUCCAGUUCUAUGACGUCAUCUGGCCCAAGGAGAUACGCGCCAUCCGCAACAUCGGCGACCCCGUACUCGCCCGUGCCACAGUGCGCGAGACCACGCAGAACACGGUGUCCCACGGCCGUAUCAGUCAGGUGGGCUGGGUGAGCCCCGACGCCGACCCUCUGCUGGUCAGGGUCAACGAACGGGUGGCCAUGCUCACCGGACUGUCCACCGACUACGAGCGCGGGGACUCCGAGAUAUUGCAGUACAACUCCUACGGACCUGGUGGCCACUACGAACCGCACCACGACUACCUGUUCGAGGGUCUCACGAAGGAGCAGCUUGAAGAAAUCGACGAAACGGAUAAGCUGUCUGGGGACCGCAUCGCUACUUCAUGUUCUACGUGAGUAUUUGACCACCACC